UUAUUUUAAUCAUAUAAAAUGUCCAAAAUAGGCAAAUUUAUAGAGACAGAAAGUAGAUUAGCAGUUUCUAGAGGAUGAGGAAAGGGCAAUUUGGGGACCUGCUAAUGGGAUAAUGAAAAUGUUUUAGAAAUAGAAAGUGAUGAUGAUAGCCCAGCUCUGUGAAUAUACUCCCCCAAAAAUCCACUUAAUUACUAAAGAGGUGAAUUUUUUGGUAUGUGAAUUAUAUGACCAUUUUUAAAAAGAGAAAAAAUAAGGCAAGAGGAAGGUAAGAUUAUUUCCAGCUCAUGAUGUUCAGAACACCCCAUCCCAACAACAUUUUACAAUAUACAGAUGAUAAGGCAUUCAGCAAUACAAAAGAAGGGAGUUGGAGGUGUGAGUUCUGCUCUGUGCAAUAGUUAAGAGACAGGCUCCUUUCAUGAUAUGGUCCAGCCACCUGCAACAUGAGAUUUCAAAGAUGCCGUAUAGUUAUCUACUGAUAAACAGGAGAGGAACCUUGGGUAAAAUUAUGAAAGAGCUAAUGCGAUGAGCCUCACUGCCAACAUGCCAUUAGCUAGAAUUUAGUCAUAAGGUCCCACCCAAUUCCAAGGCAGGAUGGAAGAUGUUCAUUUAGCUCAAUACUCAGGAACAAUACUUAGUAUUAUCUCUGUCACAAAAGGAAAGAGGAUACAUUCCCAACCUAAGUAACUGAGAUUCAGAAUUAACCCUGAAAUAAGCAGCUACAAACUAGAGAGCACUAAAAUCAAAAAUAACCAUAGAAGAAAAGAACAAUAUACAAAAUUUCAUAUAAUCUGGUGUUUAAUUAAUUUGGAAAGUAACUUUGCUGUGAUCUUUCAAACCACCUUAUGCAAAGUAUUCAGAAACUUCAGUAAAUAGCAUCACCAGUCUUGGCUUGACAACUAAACUUACUAAGGUAUUUGUCGGUUCAACUUACAAAGCAUUAAACUAUGGAGGUUGAAAAAAAGUUGCUUAAAAAAAAAAACAGAAUGCAGCUUAAUUAUUAUUUUCCUGAGUUCAGAGUAAGCAUAGUUACAUUAAUGCCAUAAUGUAGUUUAAAAUAUUGUAAAUAAAAAGCACCUGUUUCCAGGUAUAAGCCAAACUCUUCAAUAGAGAAAUAUGGGAUAUUAGUACAUUAAAAUCAACCCCUUUUUGAACCCAUUCAUAAUUUAUAGCUACCUACAUAGUUCUUCCAACCAUACCAUGUCUAUCUAUAUCAUUAAAUAUCCUCUCUGUGUUUCAGGUAUUUUAAAUUGAAGCACUACUUGCAGGGUUCUUAAUAAAAACAAAAAAAUUAAGAGGGUAAAUAAAUUCAGUAUCCUAGGCAAAAACCAGAGUAUCUGUUUCAGGAACAUAGGACAGUAUACUUUCCAUUUCAUUUUACACACACACACACACACACACACACACAGAGGAUGUCUCUCUUUUACAUAAGAAUGAACCUGGCUGCCUCAAGAUAGGUUGUUUUGGUAUCACGGAAUGGCCUCUAGGGAUCAAGUUGUUUCCCUUAAAAACUUGAAAAGGGAAAUUCAGGCUCUCUUAUCCGGCUUGCUUCAGACUUCAGACUUCAGGAGCUUGUGCCUCUGAAUCUGUGUCGCCCUGCAAUUUGUGUCUCUGAAACAAUGCUGUCUCACAGACUCCCACUGCAUUAGGAUUGGUCAGAAGGAAGCAGAGGAGGAGCCACUGUGAACAUGUUUUUUUUUUCUCUCCACACAUCAUAAAAAUCAGCAGCUGGCACCUACAGCCCCUAACACUCAAAGCAAUGCUCAGGCUGGAAACAGAAGCUUCCGAGAGGCAGCCGAUGUGAGCAUGUGCGCACAGAUUCGUCUCCCAAUGGCAUGGCAGCUCUAGGAAAAUUGUUUUGAACAGACUUGAAUGCAUAAGAUUAAAGUUAAAGCAGAAGUGAGAACAAAAAAGCAAAGAGCAGACUCUUUCAACUGAGAAUGAAUACUUUGAAGCCCAAGAUUUUAAAGUGAUAAUGAUCAGAGUCGUACCUAAAAGAGACUAAAAACUCCAUGUCACGCUCUGGACUUGUGACAUUUACUCACAGCAGGCAUGGCAAUUUUAGCCUCACAACUUUCAGACAGAUAAAGACUUGGAGGAAAUAACUGAGACGACUCCCUGACCCAGGAGGCUAAAUCAAUUCAGGGGGACACGAAUUCUCCUGCCAGCAUGGUGAACUCCACCCACCGUGGGAUGCACGCUUCUCUGCACCUCUGGAACCGCAGCAGCCACAGACUGCACAGCAAUGCCAGUGAGUCCCUUGGAAAAGGCUACUCUGAUGGAGGGUGCUACGAGCAACUUUUUGUCUCUCCUGAGGUGUUUGUGACACUGGGUGUCAUCAGCUUGUUGGAGAAUAUCUUAGUGAUUGUGGCAAUAGCCAAGAACAAGAAUCUGCAUUCACCCAUGUACUUUUUCAUCUGCAGCCUGGCUGUGGCUGAUAUGCUGGUGAGCGUUUCAAAUGGAUCAGAAACCAUUGUCAUCACCCUAUUAAACAGUACAGAUACGGACACACAGAGUUUCACAGUGAACAUUGAUAAUGUUAUUGACUCAGUGAUCUGUAGCUCCUUGCUUGCAUCCAUUUGCAGCCUGCUUUCAAUUGCAGUGGACAGGUACUUUACUAUCUUCUAUGCUCUUCAGUACCAUAACAUUAUGACAGUUAAGCGGGUUGGGAUCAUCAUAAGUUGUAUCUGGGCAGCUUGCACGGUUUCAGGCAUUUUGUUCAUCAUUUACUCAGAUAGUAGUGCUGUCAUCAUCUGCCUCAUCACCAUGUUCUUCACCAUGUUGGCUCUCAUGGCUUCUCUCUAUGUCCACAUGUUCCUGAUGGCUAGGCUUCACAUUAAGAGGAUUGCUGUCCUCCCCGGCACUGGUGCCAUCCGCCAAGGCGCCAAUAUGAAGGGAGCGAUUACUUUGACCAUCCUGAUUGGCGUCUUUGUUGUCUGCUGGGCCCCAUUCUUCCUCCACUUAAUAUUCUACAUCUCUUGUCCUCAGAAUCCAUAUUGUGUGUGCUUCAUGUCUCACUUUAACUUGUAUCUCAUACUGAUCAUGUGUAAUUCAGUCAUCGAUCCUCUGAUUUAUGCACUCCGGAGUCAAGAACUAAGGAAAACCUUCAAAGAGAUCAUCUGUUGCUAUCCCCUGGGAGGCCUAUGUGACUUGUCUAGCAGAUAUUAAACGGGGACAGAGCACACAAUAUAGGAACAUGCAUAAGAAACUUUUUCACUCUUACCCUACCUGAAUAUUGUGCUUCUGCAACAGCUUUCUCUUCUGUGUAGGGUACUGGUUGAGAAUAUCCAUUGUGUAAAUUUCAGCUUAUGAUUUUUAAUGAGAAAAAAUGCCCAGUCUCUGUAUUAUUUCCAAUGUCAUGCUACUUUUUUGGCCAUAAAAUAUGAAUCUAUGUUAUAGGUUGUAGACAUUAUGGAUAUACAAAAAGAAAAGUCCUUAUUAAAAGCUUAACGAUGUC